ACUCUAUGUGUACCAUUGAUUUGUUUACUUUUAGUUUGCUAUAUUUUAUAUUGUAAGGGAUAAAGGAAUUCGUUAUAUUGUUAGUCGAAUGCUGUUAUUUUCUGCUGCUUUUAGCGUGGCUAUUAAAAUGAAGCUAUAAUUUUUUUCAAUACCUACUAAUAUGAUUUGCUGGACAGGGCAUCUGGGGUGAAACAUUUUUCAUGUGGGAAGGUUUUCAAUAUGAAAACAUGAUUUCAAAGGAGGAGUUGGAAACGUUUCUGAAGGAGGGACGAAUCAGACCGUCGUCGCAGUUGAACAGCUUCAUGCGCGUGCCGGAGAACGCGAACUAUGUGUGCGAAGCCGUGCUGGGCACGCUAGUGGACGAGCUGAGCCUGGGAGUAGUGUUCGGCAUGCACUACGAGGCGAGCAGAGGCGUGGACGAGCAGGAGGACAUGGAGGUGGAUGAGCGAGUCGUCGACAGCAAGCACACAGACAUCUUCGGCGAGCCCAUCGUGCAAAAGAAGACGCAAAAGUGCGUGUGCCCUACUUGCAAGCACAGCCUGGCGGCUUCGCGCUUCGCGCCGCACCUCGCCAAGUGCCUGGGGUUGGGGCGCAUUAGCUCGCGCAUCGCGAGUCGCCGCAUCGCAAGCAACAGCCGCGGCGAGGCGGGCUGCUGGGGUGGCGCACCUAGCGACGACGAUGACGACGCUGACUGGACGGCAGGUGCGGACAGACGUCGUAGGAAGCGCGGGCGGCCGCGGCCCCAGAGACUGGUGCCCAGCGGUGUGGCCGUGGAGGAGAGGCGGGGCCCUCGGCCGCACCCCGUGGAGGCGGACCCGUGCGAAGAGAGCGAGGUGGGGCGUGGCUGGGAGCUCGAGCACUCCAACACGUCGUCGCCUGCAGACUCUGCCUCCACCAGCUCCUCCUCGUCCAAGAAGAGGGACAAGUUACCCCGGGCCAAGGCCAAGAUGUCCAAGAACCACAAGGGCUCACCCACGGUGCUGACAAGCCUGCCUUCACUGGCAGACUAGCUAGCGUGCCUGCGCUGUUGGGUGUGAUGCUCUCAGGGCCAGUUUGUGGUGCAACAGUGAUCAUUUGUCAUGUUACAGAAAAUCAUCAGGUUCCAGUUAUACUGUAAUAUAAUCACAUGCUCACUGAUCUCAAUUAUUUAAAAGUAAUAUUAUAGAUAUAUUUAUGAAGUUAUAGCCCAGGAAACUGUGGAGUAUUGACUUUUUGCAAGAAACCUAAAUAAACUUUGAAAAUGGUAUUUUUACAGCUAAUAUUUCCUUGAUUAUCCCUGAAAACUAACCUACUCAACCAUACGACGGUAAAUAUGUACAGCCGCGGUAGAUGCCAAAAAAAAUGCUAAAAAUCCGAAAACACUUUUAUUCUGUGCUCUUUCACUUCCUCUUUUCAAAUCAACCGGCGGAGAUAAGAAAUUCCAACUACUUUCGGAGAUAUCAAAUUUUUUAAUUUUCAUCACAAUACCUGCGUAUUCAUGCGGAAAAAAAUGCUAACAAUCCGAAAAUACUUUUAUUCAAUGCUCUUUCACUUCCUCUUUUCAAAUCAACCGGCGGAGAUAAGAAAUUCCAAAUACUUUAUGAGAUAUUGAAUUUUUUAAUUUAGCAAUACAACGCCCGUUUAACCCUUUGAACGUCGCCAUUUUUUAUUUUGACGUGUGUUACUGAAUGCGUAAUAAAUAAAAUGGUCGAUUAGGUCAGGUCAGUUACGUUAUAAAUACUUUCAAACUAAGCGGACAUUAAAAAUAAUGUGAAUUUAAUUUAAUGGUUCUUUAGUUUUAAAUUAUUUAUAAUGUAACUGACCUGACCUAACAAAACCCGGACAAAUGAUGAACAUUAACAACUCACGUAAUUUUUUUUACUUAAUACUUGCGCAACAAUAUCCAAAUAAAAAAAUAAUACUUUAAAAUUAGAAAAGUUAAAAACUCACCUAAGUUGGAGGCGGGUACAUUUCCUUUGCCACUAUAAGGAAAUGAUGUAGUCGUUCACGGCAGAAGUUGACCGAUUAAUUAAACAUCGUAUUGAACAAUAAAUGAAUAAAUAAUCACGUAUUGGUUCAUUUGAAUACUGACCAAUCACGGAAUAAAUUAUCACCUAUUGGUUCAUUUGAAUACUGGCCAAUCACGGAACAGUCACGUGACAAAAUUGUCCAAUAAGAAACAUGAUACUCGGAAACAAGAAACCUUAUUAUCUAUGACAAGAAACAAUGGUGAUCGCCGCAUACUACGCAGGUAUUGUGAUAAAAAUUAAAAAAUUCAAUAUCUCCUAAAGUAUUUGGAAUUUCUGACCUCCGCCGGUUGAUUCGAAAAGAGGAAGUGAAAGAGCACAGAAUAAAAGUAUUUUCAGAUUUUUAGCAUUUUUUUUGGCAUCUACCGCGACUCUACAUAUGAUGAAAUUUCAAAAUUCAAUAUCUCCUAAAGUAUUUGGAAUUUAUUACCUCCACCACUUUUAAUAAAAAGAGGAAGUUGAAGAGCGUCUAAUAAAGGUAUUUUCGGAUUUUUAACAUUUUUUUCGCAAAUACCGCUCAACUACAUAUUUACCCUUUCGUGCUACACCAUUAAUUCUAUGCAGGGGCUGACCCAGAAUUGUCUUCUGAGGGGGGGGGGAGCUCAGGUAGUUAGUCUGGAUGCUUAUUUUACCCUUCUUGGGGGGGGGGGGGCACAUGCCCCUGUGCCCCCCAUAUAAAUCCACCACUUAUUCUAUGAAAUAAAAUUAACUUGCAAUAUCAUAUAGUCAUGUAAUAAAUACUGUAUAAAAUCAUUAUAAAAUACAGCAUUGUGUACUAUGUAUAACACAUGAAAAGAUAAAAAAGAUAAUUAAAAUUGCUGCAACAAUUUGAGUUCUAUGAUCUAAGCACCAUCGGUUAAAAUUCAAAGUAAGCAUUUUCGAAAAAUACAAAUCCACAAACUCAAAUGAUAAUUUCCAGAAAUUUUUAAAAUAUUGCCCACUUAUAUAUUAUUUAUAAGCACUUAAUAAAUAUUAACAAGCAAUAAUUAUUUAUUUCAACUUUAUAAUUAGUUAGCCCUACCUAUUUAUUUAUAAUGACUCAGUACAAUUGGCAAUAAAUACUUUCACAUUUGUACAACAAAAAUUACAAUUCUAUAAACCUCAUUCUGCAUGUUAAACAUGUGACUAUAUUGUAGGUGAACAAAGUAAAUAAACAAAAAAAAGUUAAACAAUGUACUCAGAAACGUCUUUCCGAAGUAAUAAACUUCUUGCAUCGUUGCAGUGCUGUUCUACAGAAUCAAGGAUAAUGAGAUGAACUCAAAAAUACUAUUUUCAGAAUGUUAUUACUUUAUUACUUUUAUUUCAUGCAGAAGCCUUAACUGUAAAUAUUACCUUAAAUUGUUAUGUAAGGUGUACAUAGCAUUAUAAAUUUAUAGGGUAUAAUGAUAUUUCUUUGCCUAAUAAAUGUUUUUAUUUUCUAAUUCCUAUGUCUAUUUAUCAGUGUAAAGUAUGCACACUUGCUAUAAUGCAGGGGCGUAGCCAGGGGGGGGGGGGUUAGGGGUUCA